AUGUCAUUUGCUCCUCCCUCCGGGCCCCCACCACCUUCAGUACCUGAAGGAUGGAAAGCCCAGUUCGACGACCGAUAUAAACAAUGGUUCUUUGUAGAUCUGCGCACCGGCAGAUCACAAUGGGAACGUCCCGAAGGUCCAGCCUACCAGGAAGACUCGCAGAGACCACCCAGCGGGCCACCGCCCUCAUACGAUGCCUCUGGUCCUGGUGAUCGACCUAGUUCAGCGGCCGGCGGCGGCGACAAGAAACCUUUGGGCUCAAGAAAUCCGUACAACAGCCAGCCGGAUUCUACAUUAGAGAGCGAUGCCCGCUUAGCAGCUCAGCUACAAGCUGAAGAAGAAGCCCAGGCUCGUCGCAGAAGUCCGAUACCACCAGCACAGGCCCAAUCUGGCGCUGCGUCCGAUUACUAUGCCGAGAACUCCCCUUCCCGCGUGCAGUCCCCCCAGGGACCAUCAACGUCACCUGCGCCGAAACAGGAGCGGAGCAGGGGUCUCUUGGGCAAACUGAUGGGAAGACACUCUGGCGGUAGUAGCAGUGGUGGUGGUGCGGGUUACAGUCGGCCACCGCAGCAAGCAGCCUAUGGGUAUCCUCAGGCUGGAUACGGUGGCUAUCCUCCUCCACAGCAGGCCGGGUAUGGUUAUCCUUCGUAUCCGGCACAGGGUGGCUAUUAUGCACAGCAGCAGGCGCCGCAGCGGCGACACAAUGGGAUGGGAACUGCGGGGGCUGCGGCGUUAGGUGUUGGGGGUGGUCUACUAGGUGGAUUCUUGUUGGCGGAUGCUGUUGAGGAUCUUGGACAUGACUUUGAUGGUCCUCCUCCGGGUGAUUAUGGUGGUGGUGGUUUUGAUGGAGGGGAUUUCGGUGGUGAUGACUUUGGGGGUGACUUCUAG